UGAUUAUCUCUAUUUUUGUGUUGUACAUUUAUAUCAUAUUUUCUCCUCCGAAUUAGAGCACCCCUAUUUUCCUUGUAUUAUAAAUUUAUAUAUUUGAGGUCGUGGAUCAUGUUUGAAUGAGUUUUUUUCCUGAGAAAGUCCAAAAAACAAUACUUAAACUCCACCAAGCAUGAAAUAUCAUGUGAAAUGAUACAAGUAUUUAUUGCUAGAGAUAAAAGUAUGUAAUGGCACAUUGCUUUUAGCAGGUGACGUUUUUAAUAGGUUGAAUGUGUUUCACUCAUGCAUCCACUCCCUGCAUGCUUUUACACACACAUUCUCAAUUAUUUCUCUUGCAAUUAACACCUUGAUUGAACUUUUUUGAAAUCUUUCAGGUUCUGUGUUAAUUUUGAUUCUGUUGACGGAAAGCUUGUUCAUCUACCCCGCAAUUGGCGUUAGCUAUGCUACCCACUGGAGCAAAAGAGACCCAAUUACGUGAGAGCAACAGCCAGAAGGUCCACCCCCAACCAAUGGAAGAAGCCAUGAACCAGAAUCCAGAAGCUGUGGAAACCCUAGUUUCUAAAAUUUUCACAAAUAUCUCUUCUCUGAAGUCUGCUUAUAUCCAAUUGCAAGCUGCUCAUACUCCCUAUGAUCCUGAUAAAAUCCACACUGCUGAUAAACUUGUUAUUAGUGAGCUGAAAAAUCUAUCUGAACUCAAGCAUUUCUACAGGGAAAACAACCCAAAGCCCGUUUGCGUUUCUCCCCAAGACUCGCGUUUAGCUGCAGAAAUUCAAGAACAACAGAGCCUCCUGAAAACCUACGAGGUCAUGGUUAAGAAAUUUCAGUCUGAAAUUCAGAAUAAAGAUUCAGAGAUCCAUCAACUGCAACAGCAGAUUGAGGAGGCUAGUCAGAAGCGAGCAAAACUAGAAAAAAAUCUGAAGCUUAGAGGUUUGUCAAGCAAAGAAUCCGAAGAUGGAAAUGGAUUUUUCCCUGUUGAUCUAACUCCAGAUCUCUUUACCACUUCUGUGGAAGCAGCUGCGAAAGCAAUUCAUGAUUUUUCAAAACCUUUGAUCAACAUGAUGAAAGCGGCUGGGUGGGACCUUGAUGCUGCUGCUAACUCAAUUGAACCCAAUGUUGUUUAUGCGAAGAGAGCUCAUAAGAAAUAUGCAUUCGAGUCUUACAUAUGCCAAAGAAUGUUUGGUUGCUUCGAGAACGAAAGCUUCUCUGUCAAAUCAGACAAUAUUAUAGUUGACAAAGAGAGCUUCUUCCACCAAUUUCUUGCUUUAAGGGAGAUGGAUCCUUUGGACAUGCUAGGGCAAAAUCCAGAUUCAAUUUUUGGAAAAUUUUGCAGGAGCAAAUAUGUAGUCGUAGUUCAUCCAAAAAUGGAAGCAUCAUUCUUCGGAAAUUUAGAUCAGAGAAAUUACGUGAUGGGUGGAGGGCAUCCAAGGACUCCGUUUUACCAGGCUUUUCUGAAACUGGCCAAGUCGAUUUGGCUUCUACACAAAUUAGCUUAUUCUUUUGAGCCAAAUGUCAAGGUAUUUCAGGUUAAAGGAGGGAGUGAAUUCUCCGAUGUUUACAUGGAAAGCGUGGUCAAGAAUCUGAUAAUGGAUGACAGUGAUGAAAAGCCAAAAGUUGGAUUGAUGGUUAUGCCUGGAUUUUCUAUUGGGGGAAGUGUGAUUCAGAGUAAAGUUUACCUCUCUGGUGUGAAGGUAGCUGAAUGAUUGCUGUAAACGAACAAGCUUUUUGGCAAAAUGCCUGUUCGGUUGUAUGUGUUUGUUUCAGCUAUCAUUUUCUUAUCGUGUAAGAUAAUGUUGUGUUUGUAAUUUUAAGAUCCCUUUUAGUGCUUGUAAGAUUACAUGGUCCCUUUAUCUGUUUGUAAGUUCAAGUCCAAGUCUCUUGUUGUAACUCUAAUUCUAGUAUUUGUGGGAGGGAGAUUUGAAGGUAUAUAAAAGUUUUCCCUUUACUCAUGAA